AUGGCUGUCACUUUCCCUCUCAAGUAUAAAGGUAGUUCUUCCUGGUCAAAAUACACAAUACCAACAAUUUGGAUGGCGUCCAUAGCAGUUCCAGGUCACUACGCCGUUUCAAAAACAAAGUUCUGCCCAAUCGAAGGAAAGUUCUACUGCAUUCCGAUGCCAUCUCCAGUUGAUGCCAUCUUGAUUAUAUCCCUUGGUUUUGGUCUUGCUCACGUCAUCAUAAUAGCUYUAUAUAUGGCAAUUGCCUACAAGCUCUGGACAAGAAGGAUUCCUGGUGAGCAAGCUGCAAAGGAAAGUGGGCACACAUCUGCUCAAAAAGUUGCCAGAAAGGUAACUCAAAUGAUUAUUUGCAUCAUUUUGGCAUUCGAAAUAUCAUGGACACCGAUGUUUAUUGGAUACGUUUUACCAGUACUUCUCACUGGUUCCGUAGAUGCACACGAUUUUAUCCGCUUCUUUGGGUUUAAGAUGCUCAUGAUUUCAAAUGGCAUUUCCAAUUUUGCCAUUUAUGCAGUUUUCAAUGAAAACUAUCGUAGAGCGUUUAAAGAAACCUUAAGCUGCAAGACUUUGGGAAAGAUCUUUGAAAACGUGAAGACCAAAGCCAAUAGUAACGUGGUAAGAGAUACAAGAAAUGAAUUAACACAGGAGACUUCCCUUGCAAGUAUCUCAGCAUAA